AUGUCCGGAAGAAAUCACGAGCACUAUAAUAAACCCAACCACGAAAGUCGUUACUCUAAUAAUUCGAAUAACUUUGGAGAUAAUUAUAAUAAUUCACCCCGUCACAAUAGAAGUUCUCCUCCUCGUCGCGGCCAUAAUGGACAAAGUCGCGGUUAUUCUUCAACUGACCAAGGUUAUCUGAACAGCUCACCUCGUCCCAGUAACAAUUGCGAUAGCCAAGAUAAUCGUAAUCUUAACAAUCGAUCUAAUGCUCGUGCUGCUUGUAGUCCUUAUAACAGAAAUUCUCAAAGCAGCAGAUCUCGCAACUCUCAUACCGGAUCUUCCGCUCGUGAGGAACGAGAAAAUCCUCGUCCUUCGUCGUUCCAAGAUCCCGAUGAUUUUUUAGGCGGUUGGGGUGAACCUCAAAUGGAAAAUUGUGGUGAGUCUAUCGAAGAGAGAAAAUACAAAGCGGCUGUCAGAGACCCACCUUUCUUAAAAUUAAAUCCUUCGAAAGAAGCAUCCAGGGUCCCCAGUACCGAUGAUGAUGAGGUUGACUGGGUAAUAUCUGAACCUAUCCCUUCGAAUUCCGUCACGAUUCGAACUCAAUCGCCGCCGCCAUACUUUUUUUCGGAGAAUGAAGUUAACAACAAAAAAGUUUCUCGGAAUAAUAAUAAAGGAAAGUCUAAAGCUUCCCAGGAUCAAUGUUACGAAGAAAAAUUUCCUAAUAAUGGAGAGGAUGAUUACAAGGGAAAAAGUUUUCCCCCACCAUAUCCAAUUGUCCCGGUCUCCCCAGAUAUCGAACAACACUUGCCUACUGACAGAAUUUUUGAGAAUGAUUCUAGGUCAUCCGCACAAUCCUUUGAUAAUCUCUGUAAAAUAGCAAAAACACUUUGGAGUGAUUCCACGGAUGUCCCACUCGAUUUGGCCAGCAAGCAAGACGUGAAUCCUGAUGAGUAUUUGAGACUUAAUGGAGAUAAACUAAGGGAGGCUUCAGUGGAAUAUAGCAAUUCUAACAAUAAAAAUCGUAUAGAACCUGAAUGGCCCGAGGAAAAGCACGAGGAAUGGCCCGAGGAACGAGAUUUUUCAAAUGUGACGCCUUGCAAUCCUGAAUUAACAUACAAUCAAUCUUCCUCAUUUAUAGGCUAUCAGUCUUUCUCAUUUACAGAUAAUCAGUCUUCCUCGUUCAUAGACAAUCAGUUAAAUUCACCUAAAUUACCCCCACCUAAAUCAUCCUCAAUUAAAAAAACAGAUUUCAGAUACGCAUCAAAAUUAAUAUCUUCUUUUAUUUCGAACGAGAAGAGUGAGAGGAGAAAACUCGCUAGAAAUCCUCCUAAUGAUGAUGCGGGAAAUUAUUCGACUGUAAUUUCGACAGUUUCGACUAUAGAAAUUUCAGAAGUAGAAAUUUCAAAAGUAGAAGUUUCAAAAGUAGAAGAAUUUUCGAUUUUAACAUCAUUACGAGCAAAAGACGAAGAAGCUGUUCGAGAUUUGGUUGAUAACAUAUCCCGCUCCCCUCCCGAUAGUUGGCUUUAUCACACUCUUUCUAGAGCUCAUUUUUUACUUCCAAAAAUCUCAUCAUUUGAUAAACAAGCUAUACAAAAUCUUUUAAAAAUUCUAUCUUCUCCUCUCGUUCUCAAACAAAAUAGCGCCGAAACGAAAGAAUUAAUUGAUCUUAUUAUCGCGCAAGCCGGUUUUUUCGAAAAGAUAUUCUUUUAUAUGAAAGGUGUUAUUUUCGGUAGUGACCUUAUACCGAUUAUUAGACUGAUCGACUUUAUUAUUCGAUAUUUUCCUCGUGCAGAUCUAAAUAUUCAACACAAUGAUAUCGACGAAGUAUAUAUGAGGGUUAAAAGUACCUUUCUUGAGAAAGAAUCGGAUGAUGUUACCGCAAUGCUUAUUAAUAUUAAAAGGUACCGACCCAAGAAGAGCAUAGCUGUUGAUUGGAAUGUUAUCGGCCAAAAUGAUCAGAAAAAGGCCGUUGAACAGAGUAAGGACAUUGAACAGAAGAAGGCCUUAGAUUAUCAAAAAAAGGACAUCGAACUGAAGAAUGAACAGAAGAAGGUCUUAGGUCAUCAAAAAAAAGACGGUGAUCUUCAGAAGAAUGAACAGAAUGUCUUAGAUUCUCCAAAAAAUGAUGAUCAGAAGAAGGAAAAGCAAAAAAAACCCGAUUGGAUAAUUCAUCACAGUGAAAACCGUACUGAGAAGCCAAUAGAGCCUCUUCCUGAAGAAAUUUUUAACUUACGAGAAAUGAUGAUUAGGCCCACAUUAACACCACAUUUGGCUAAUCGCUCCUGGUCGCCUGAACAUGAAGAAAUAUAUCGUCAAAUUCAUUACGAUUUACUGAGAACUGAAGUUGUAGAGGACCUGCAGAGGGCUAGCGUAUCGUUUUUUGCUGAUAAUUGCAAAGACUAUGAUAUACCAAUGAAUUCACCCUUUUAUAAUUAUGUUUACUACCAAGAUGUUCAAGUUGUCGACACUUACAUUGAUAAAAACUUUACUCCGUACGUUAGAGUUGGAUUUAAACCAAGUCGACCUGUUGAUUGGAUUAAAGGUGAACACCUUAUAUACGGUACCUAUGUACUAUUGUUUAAGGUCAAGACCGAUCUAUCUAUCGAUAUAUCAAGUAUGACCUGGGCGAUGGUCGGAUAUUUCAACCUUGAUGAUGUCAUCAGACCGAGUUAUAAUAAAGAUCCAUGUUGGAAAUUACGGGAAAGUUUUGUAGGUUUAAAUUUCUCCUCGUCAGAAUUCGAGAAGCUCGAUAUUGAUGGAAAGUAUGUCAUGUUGGAAUCGACCAGGAACUAUGCUACAAUAAGGCCAGUAAUGGAAUGGCUCAAAGAAUCAGGAAUCCAAAGAUUUAUUCCAUUGUAUCGAGAACUGUUCACAUGCAGCCUUAACGUUCCUAUCGUUAAGGAUACAGAAAAUAAACUUAUCCCCGGUUAUCUUGAGAACGUUUCCUUUAACAUAACUUCAAUUUUGGUCGAUCAAAAAAAUAAAACCAUUGCUAGGGAUCUAGCUCAGUGGCCGCAUUAUUCGAUUAAAAAUGGCACAGCAUACAAUAUGGAACGUUCUGGUGUCGUUGCUUUACGACAUAUAAUUUCGAAUAAAGUUGCCGUGAUCAUGGCACCAAUUAUUACGUCAAAAGCGAGGGUUGCUUCAAAAGCUGUAGAACUCCUUAAUCAAGCCCUUGAACAGAGCCACUGUCAUGAACCAAUUCUUAUUCUUACUCGUAGUUCAUAUGCUUUGGAUAGUAUUUUGGAACAACUGCUUCCUUCCUUUCCGGAACUCAUCCGUUGUGGAUCCUUGUCAAAAUGCAAAAAUCCUGCUCUUAGUGCUAGGCAAAUUCAGGAUGUGGUUGAAGAAAAUUCGAAAAAAACAUCUUUACGCAGGGGAUGGUAUAAUAUUAGUGGCGAAAUUAUUAGUAAACAAAAAGAAUUAAUGGAAUUAUGGAAAUUAAGGAAAAUUGGUUUAUCAUUACAUUAUUUCUUAGAAACAUGUCCCAAAGGAUUCCGCGAACAACUGAGUCCUGUGAACCCGAGGACACAAUCUAGGGCUUUUGGAUUUGAGCACGAAAAAGCAAUGCUUAUACAUUGCUUAGAACUUUGGUUAUCGGGUAUACCGAUGGUAACUGUAGAUAAACUCUAUCCAUCGAAUAAACAAAAGGGUUUAACUGAAGACUUUCCGGCCUUUCCGAGUUUUCGACAUAGCAUACAACGAACUGAUACAACCUUACCUGCAAAUCCUUGGUCCAAUGUUACACAAGGUUCUAAUCAAGAGAUGUAUAUACGACCUUAUCAUAUUUCACCAUCGCUUUUUGAUGAACUUUCCAAAUCAUAUUUAUUCGAAAACGAUUGGAUGAAAAGCAAUGGAUGCAAUGACGAUGAAAUCUCUUUUCCAACUGACUCUGACAAAGAGAUUUUGAAUCAUCAAAUUGAUGAUCGUGUUAUAUUCAAAUCUGAAGAUGGCUAUAACAGUUUUUUUUCUAAUUCUAAUUUUUAUAAACACAAGACGGAGUUCGCCAAUGUGGCGUUAGGGUUUUGGCGUAAUAAUGGAAAGAACAUUUGGGAUAUGAAGGUAGAUGAACGCAAAAGUUUAUAUGAUAGGUUCUGUCAGCGCCAUAAAAAUUUUUGCGAUCCGAAAAUUCGUGACAUCCAAAAAAGUGCAAUAUCAGAUGCAGAAAAUGCCAAAUCGACGCUAAUUGCGCGAUGGACCGAAGUGUGUAGUUUUGUACCAGUAAUAGGAAUGACCGUAAAUUAUGCUACGGAAUAUAGAGAACUACUCACUACCAUAAAACCAAGAAUUUGCAUUGUGGACGAAGCAUCCGAGAUUUUGGAAUCUCAGUUAAUGUAUUUAAUCUCCACAGACCGACUCGAACAUUUAAUAAUGUUCGGUGAUACUAAGUAUUCAAAGCCUGAUGUUAAGAGUUGUACAGCUCAAAAACACGGAUUGGAUGUAUCAUUAUUUGAUAGGUGGAUCCAAUGUGAUGGAAAAUCCGUCUGUUUAAAACAACAAUCUCGCAUGCAUCCAGCUGUCCAUGAACUUGUUCGUACAUUUUAUGAUGAAGAUGGGACAGAAAAUAUAGAGACAAAUAAUAUUCCCAAGAUUAAGGGUGUUCCCUCUAAUGUGUUCUUUAUGACACAUAAUAAUUCUGACGAUGAAAAAUGGACGUCUUUCAAAAAAACAAACACUUUCGAGGCAGAAUUUAUUAUAAGAUUUGCUUUCUAUUUGUAUCAGCAGGGAUAUGAUCCAGCGAAGAUAACUAUUCUGACGCCUUAUCUGGGGCAAAAACUUUUAAUUCUGAAUUUGUUAAAACCAGAACUAAAGAAAGACUUAUCAAGGAAUAGCAAAUACGGACGAUUUGAUAAGGAGAGGAAUCAAGCCGGAAAGAUUAGGGUUGAAUUGAUCGAUAAUUAUAGUAGUGAGGAGAAUGAGAUUGUUCUGCUUUCAUUGGUGUCAGUAAGCAAGAAUUGGCAUGAAGAAGCUUUAAAAACAUUGAAUAAUAAAAAGCGAGCAAUAAUCGCUUUGUCAAGGGCACUUCAUGCACUUUAUAUUUUCGGUAAUGACGAUAUGCUUCGUAAAAGCGAAAUAUGGGCACCGAUUGUUAAGCUGACAGAAAAAAAAAAUGCGUACGGAAAAAGCUUGAUUCUUUCCUGCGAUACUCAUAAUAAACAAAGAAUAGAAGUUUCAACAUUAGAAGAUUUUGAAACAAAAGUACCAUAUGGCGGGUGUUCGAAACCAUGUGACGAUUUAUUGAAGUGUGGACAUGCAUGCUCUAGAAAAUGUCAUCCUAUCCAACACUCAAAUGAAGUAAAUUAUAUUUGUCAUCGCCCAUGCGCUCAAUCUAGACCCGAAGGAUGUUCGCACAGAUGUCCUAAUAAAUGUAACGAUUGUGAAAAAUUAGGAAAGUGUCCACCAUGUGAGGAGGAAGUUAGAAUCAAAUUAUCAUGUGGUCACGUAAAAAUCAUGUCAUGUCGUAGAAAAUUUAAUAUGGAUAGAAUGAAUGUGGAAUGCAGUGAAAGGAGAAUGGUUACUUUUGAAUGUGGGCAUAGUUCCAUGUUUCCGUGCAGCACAAGGUAUCCUGUGUGCCAAGAAACCUGUGGCAAGCCUUUUCCCUGCGGGCAUCGUUGUCAACGCCAAUGUGGAAUAGAACACAAUCAUGAAAGGUCCGAUUGUUUGAGCGAAUGUACGAAAGUCUUAAUCUGCGGACAUCAGUGCGCGAAUGGUUGUAACGAACCUAACCGUCAUACUUCUUUUUGCAUCAAGCGAUGUCGGAUUAAGUGCUUGCAUGGACGUGUGUGUCCAAAAACUUGUUGUGAGAAAUGCACAAGCUGUCGUGAGCCUUGCCCGUGGAAAUGUCCACAUUAUAAAUGCAAUAGGAAAUGUUUUGAAGUAUGUGACCGAAUUCCAUGCGAUAAGCGAUGCCAAAUAUUUUUUAGAUGCGGUCAUCAAUGUAAUGGUUAUUGUGGCGAAAAGUGCCCUCCCUGUUUAAAGUGUAAUCCAAGCCUACAAUGUAAGAUUACUCUUUUAACAUUUUCCGAAAUGGAAGAAAAUGAGGAUCUUUAUGUUCUUCCUGAAUGUAAUUGCGUGUUUACAGCAACAGGCCUUGAUACAUACUUUAAUAACCAAGCUAAAAAUGGCGAUCACACCGCCGUAAAACUCUGGCAAUGUCCCAGCUGUCAAGAACCAAUCUUCACCGCUAUGAGAUAUAGCAAUUAUUUAAAGAGUGAAAUUAAUCUUUGGAAUAUAAUCAAACAUAAGCAAGAAAUAGCCCGCAAUUCACUCUCAGAAGAGGAAAGGAGACAGAUUAUUAAUGCCAUGAACGAAGAAACACGAACUACCGAUUUCAACAGCAUGGUCGGAGGUAGAUGGUUCGUGUGCCCAAAUAAACAUCCGUAUUAUAUUGGGAACUGUGGUGGUGCCACCCAAAUAUCAAGAUGCCCGGAUUGUUCCGCAACUAUUGGCGGAACCCAACAUAGGGUAAUUAACUCCAAUAAAUUUUAUGGAGAAUUUGACAACAGUACUUCGCCUGCUUGGCCAGGCCAGCACUAG